AGAUUGUGAACUGCAGUUAACGUCCAGGUCCUAGCUCCUCAUGAAUAUGAAGUGAAAGACUCCGAUGUAAAAAGAGUUGCCGAACAGGGUGAAAUGGGGGCUCGACAAUGCGGAGGCUGCCUAAGUGGGCUACUGAUUCCCCUGGCACUUUGGAGUAUCAUUGUGAAUAUAUUAUUGUAUUUCCCAAAUGGACAAACUUCCUAUGCAUCCAGCAAUAAACUCACCAACUAUGUGUGGUAUUUUGAAGGAAUCUGUUUCUCAGGUGUCAUGAUGCUCAUAGUAGCAGCAGUCCUUCUCGUACUGGACAGUGGGAACAAUUAUAAAUGUUGCCAGAGUGAAAACUGCAGCAAAAAAUAUAUGACACUACUGUCAAUUAUCUUUUCUGUCCUUGGAAUUGCCUUCUCUGGAUACUGCCUGGUCAUAUCUGCUUUGGGCCUUGUUCAGGGACCCUAUUGCCGCACCCAUAAUGGCUGGGAGUAUCCCUUUGAAGACACUGCAGGACGUUUUCUUACAGAUUCCAGCAUAUGGAUCCAGUGUCUGGAGCCUGCACAUGUAGUAGAAUGGAACAUCAUUUUAUUUUCCAUCCUCAUAACUCUCAGUGGGCUUCAAGUGAUUGUUUGCCUCAUCAGAUUAGUUAUUCAGUUAAUCAAGACACUGUGUGGAACCUAUUCAGUCAUCAUUCAGCCUGGAGUCAUUUGAUUAAGAGCAAGAAAGUUUUCAUGAUUAACAACUAUCUUAUAUCUACUUGAAGACAAUAUUCAAAUGAAGAUGUUUGGUAUUUAUUUUGCCUAUUUGUGAAGUUUGCAGAAGUCGUUGCAGGAGCCAUUCUUUCAUUUAGAAUUUUUUCUAAGCUAUGAGUCAGGAUCUUUAGAAAUGUUUAUA